GCUGCCAUAGCCACAGUUAACCUAUUUAGACGAGGCUCUCACUCUAACCUACAUACUUCACUGUGCACUCAUCUGAACUACUUAACCCUAUAUCUUUUGGCUGUGCCAGAGUGUGCUGUGUUACAAGUUACAUGUAAAUCGCAACGUUUACACCGGGCUAUUGCGAAAUAUUUCGUCCGAUAGCCAAGGCCUAGAUGCGUCAUAAUUCAUAAUAAAGUAAAGAAAUCAUUUGAUUCUGCAUAACACAAGUAAGUCAGGAAGGUAACAAAAAUAACUUAGACUUAGAUUUAACAAUAAAUAUCGGCCCCCGCUAUCAGUUAAUGAAUGAUUCAAACCUUUCCUUUGGUAAAUACUUAAUGAUAAUGCAGUGAGUUGAGUGAGGUAAUAAAUGUCAUGAACCUGAUCAAAUAAUACAUUUUUAUGACAAGCCAACUACUACAGACUACAGUCUCAACUAAAUCCCUUUCCCGACUGGGAUCCCGUUCGAUUUUUAGUAAACAGAAGAUAUCCAAUUUAGAUUUAGUUUUUUUUUUUACCUAUGAUCUUUGUAAGUUACAAAUUGUCACACAUGAGUAUAAGCCAGCAAGGACCUUUUUUUAAAAAGUCUAGUUAAAUGCGCUGGACUACAAUUACUACUCAGUAUCUCUAGUACACAGGCUCUCAAGUCAUGACUUCAUUUUCAGCAGAAGAAGCAAAGUGACCUGUGACCCUUACCAUGUCCACAAUAUAUUUAAAAAAAGGGCUUUUAAAUAAUUUAAAUAGGGAAAAUUAAAACAUUUUAAAAUUUAAUUUUUCAGUAUAAUAAUAAAGGCCUAAUUGGUGACAUAUUUAAUGUCAAUGACACUGUCAUGAUGGAAAUUGCAACUCAAACUUUAAGAAGACACCAAUUAAAAAAUAAAAAUACUUAAUACUUAAUUUUACUACUUUUCUUAGUUUAACUGUUCAUAUAUCCAAAUUUUUCUCAACAAACUUUAACUGUUAUAUCCAAAUUUUUCUUAAAAAACCUAUCAAAAUUAACUCUUUAUCCAAUUAAGGGAUAAGUGGUGAAAACUGAAUUCAAUGCUAGAUUUUAAGAUAAGAUAAGAUUCUUUUUUUUAUCCAAACUGUCCGGCAAACAAAGACAAAUGGAAAUGUUUUAUGAUUGCAUUGUACAUUUUCAGCACAUGAAUGAAACAAUUUGAACACAAGACCUCUAUAUUAAAUUAUUUCAAACAGAUAUUCAGUGAGUUCUUAGCCAUAUCAGGGACUUAUUAGUUCUAAUUAAGAUUUGUGACUUCAGGGGGAGCAUGCUGGUAAAUUCAUACAGAUUGGGGAACAAAAGAAUUUUUAUAUCUUUCAUUCCUCGCCCUGACGGAAAGAAUUUGUCCUGAACGGGCCGAUCCUAAGUAUCUGUGAUGAAGAGGGUGGAAUGUAUCAUCCAAAAUGUGUUUAGUUUUACAAUAACAUCUUUCUUCAAAUAAUUCUUCCAGUAAAGGAUGUUUAGUUUGUGUUAUGUUCCUCGCUUUCUUGAUUAGUCGGUUUAUGUGGGUUUUAAUAUCAGAUGUUGAAUUCCCACACCAGCAGGUAAUACUGAAAUUAAGCAGGCUUCCAAUUGUUGCACUGUGGAAUAAGUUAACGACUUGUUUGUUUACACUGAAAUGGUACAGUUUUUUGAGGUAGAAUACCCUUUGUUUGAAUUUCUUAUACAGCAUUUAGCCGUGCUCAUGCCAUGUUAGCUUAUUAUUAAUGGUGACACCUAAGUACUUAUAUGCCUCUUUUUUCUCUACACUUUGAUAUUUUUAUGUUGAGAUCUGUAAUCUGGUGUUCCCCCUCCUGAAAUCAACAACCAUUACCUUUGUUUUUGAGACAUUCAGGCUGGAGAAAAUUUUCAUCGCACCAAUUCAUAAAGCUUUUAACUAAGUUGCGGCAUAAGCCUUCUCCUUCAGAUAUUAAGCCAACGAUGGUGGUAUUAUCAGCAAAUUUUAAGAUUGGAACGGUGUCGCUUGAGCUUUUAAUAUUAUUGGUAUAUAUUGUAUGCAGUACAGGGGACAGAACGCAGCCUUGUGACGCCCUGGUGCUUAUUUCUCUGGUUAGAGAUAAUUGGUCAUUUACCUUGACAUAUUGUGGUCGAUUUGUUAAAAAGUUCAGUAUCCAAGCCUGAAUAUUUAAAUUUACACCUAACGAGGAAAGUUUCUUUAUCAUAAGAUGUGGUUGGAUAGUGUUAAAGGCUGAUGAGAAGUCUAAGAAUAGCAAUCUGGCAUAUUUUUUGGACUGUCUAGGUGACGGUAAAGUCUCUCCAACAAUAGUAAGGUAGCAUCCUCCGUACUUCUGGCAGGUUUGUCAGCAAAUUGGUGGGGGUCAAGUUUUUGCUGUACUUCAUUCAAAAUUUGUCUCAGAAUAAGUUUCUCAAAACAUUUCAUUACAACAGAGGUAAGUGCAACAGGUCGUAAGUCGUUGUUGCAAGUUACCUUAUUUUUCUUUGGAAUUGGUAUGAUUUCUGAAGUUUUCAAGAUUGUUGGUACUGUGUGAGUUACAUAAGAUUUAUUAAAUAUGUAAAAAAAAAAUAUAGGAGAGCUGCUCUGAGCAUAGCCGACCACUUAAUUUGUCUGGCCCUGAUGCCUUGGCUGUGUCCACUUGUUUAAAUAAUGACAUCACUUCCUGUUCGGUGAACAAUAAAGUACCAUCCUGUGUAAUACUGCCAUCGUUAAAUGAAUUCAUCAUCUCAUUGUGUACACUUCCAAAGUCCAGACAUUCAAAACGACAAUAAAACUCAUUUAAGUCGUUAACAAAAUUCUUCACGUCCUCAACACACAACCAUUCACGCUUAGGAGUAUAUCCUGUUAUUUGCUUUAGACCAGUGUUUUUUAGAUAAAUUUAAAAAAGCUUCAGUAACACUGAUAUAUUUAAAACUUAUUUAAUAACCAGUACUUAAGUCUUGGACUUAAAGUGAAUAUAAAACAAGUGUUAGAGGAAAAAAUCAUUUUCGAUAUGAAAGUUGGAUGUGCUAUUAUUGACAAGCAAAUCAAAGUGUGACUUGAUUAUAGGCAGUGCUACCUGGUACACUUAAGGUAAACACCAAUGUUUCUGAUCAGAAUCUAUAGGCUCUAGGGAGUGACUAUGAAAUGGUGGCUGGAGUGGUGCAUGCAGAGAUUGCGGCCUGGGCAGCAUUUUUUUCUUUAUAUUGAGGGGCGGCAUUGUCAGCCACCUGCCAAGUUUUUUCAUGGAAACUUGAUGGCCCAGGUUGGCACUAACCCUAGCUACGCCACCGGGUGAAUAUAAUUUUUUAUACUCGAAAAUCUCUAUGAAAUGAGACUCAAGCGAGAAAACAUUUUUAAAAUUUCCUGUUUCUUGACUACUGUUGUGCGGACUGGCAGUUCCAAAGUUUCUGGACCAUUCUGGUCCAAGGACCACCAUUUUAAAAAAGAAAUUGGGCCAAUUAACCUUGUACAGUUUCUGUUGAUGUAAAAUUUAUAAAAACUUAAUGUUCCAAACUAAGUAGGCUCGCCCAUGAUUUAUAAUUUAGAUCUAAGUGUUUGACAAUAUUUUGUUAAAAAUGUUUAAUGUAUACUAUGUAGUCUUAUAAAUUCCUGUUAAACUUCUAUUAGGAAAGAGGAAUAAAUGCAUAUUAUGUGUUUAUAAUUUUAUAAUAUUAUUACGUACUAGUACCGUACUAUUAAGUUUUAAAUGGUUUUGCAAAUUUAACCCGUUUGAAGAUUUGGCUCAUUAGAUUAACAUGACGCAACAAAGGACUGAAAACCAGUAUACAAAGAAAAGUGGUACCAAAGCUAGUGAUACUAACAAUAUUCACUUUAACUAUCCUAUUAAAUUUAUAUAAAAAGCCUAAAUAAAAUUUACAAAAAUAACACUAUAAUAUCUUAAAGCACACUAAGUGAAAAAGUAUAAUCCUCGAAAGUUACAAAAUUUAAUAUACACACACAAAUAGUAAAAUCUUGUAAGGCUUCAAUAAUUAUAUUAAAAUGUCUUAUGUCUAUGAAAUUUAGCAAAUCUCUCUUGGUUAGUAACUGCCGGCUUAUUUAUAGGGAAGAUGUUAGAAGAAACCCUCCAGUAAAGAAAUUCUAGAAAUUGCAUCACUCAACAGCAUAUUUUUUUUUCUUCUUUCUUUGCAUCCUAUUUGGUUUUGGAGUAAAUAACUAUUAUUUGUUUUUCUUUUUGAAUUUUUAGGUUCAAGCCUCACUAUGGGGAAACUUAAUAUAUUUGAGAUUUCCUUUAACAAUGGAAGUGGUGUUUUUUAUAGUGGUAACAUUAUUCAAGGAUAUGUCACAGUAGAAUUGACAGAGCCAAUGAAAAUGAGAGGUUUGUGAAAAUAAAGUUAUUUUUUAACAGAAAACAUCAAGGGAGUUAUAAUAGUUUAUAAAUUAAAAUGCAUUUGUAUGCCAUUAGUUUUUAAAAUUGAGUUAAAACCUACAUGGAAUUUUACAUUUCUACUUUGAGCUUUUGACUUAACUUCCAUUUGAAAUACAGUUUUACUUAAAAACAUGUUGGUACUCAUUUAUAUCUACUCCUAGGUUUUAGGACAUGUUAGGAGUGACAAAUAUGGAACAGGAGAUUGACCAUCUUAUUUUCCUUAUUGGUUAAAAUCUAGCCCAUAAUUCCAACUGAUAUAUUGAUUUAUUUAUGUGAUCAAUAUUAUUCUUAAUUGAAAAUUUCUUUUGUUUUUCCUGUCUUAUGCACACAAAAAAUUUAAAAUGUACAGUUUGCAUACCGGUAGCAGUGUGUUCUUAUUUGUCAAACUAUAGUCUGACCACAAUAGUAUCUGAGGGACAGUGAAUCAGCCACCCUGUUUAAAGAUGGUACAGAUUUAGAACAAAAUCUUAGCGAAUUUUUAAAUUAUUUUGUUAAAAUUGCUCCAUUUUAAAGGAAUAAAGCUGAACUUUGAAGGCAAAGCUUACGUCCACUGGACUGAAAGUCAAUCCACAGGCUCAGGCAAAAACCGUACCACAACAACCAGGCAUUACUCUGCCACUGAGAAAUACUUUGACCAAGAUGUUCUUCUAUUUGGAAUGUGUAAGCUAAUCAGCAAAAGUUCAAUAAACAUAAUUUUAACAGUGAUUAAUUGCAAUAAUUUUUAAAAAAAUUAACUUUAAAUAAAAAUAAAAAUUAAGCAGUCUUAUCUUUGGUCAAUCUUGGUUUUUUUAAAAAUAAAAUAAAAAUGUCUGACUCUAAUAAUUUGAUAUCAAUAGAAUGAUUUUUUAUUCCCUUAACCUGUAUCCAAGUAUAUUUUUUUUUAAAUAUUAUGUUAUGACAAUGAUAAAAUGUUUUGUUUGUCAGGGUCAGGACAAGGCAGUGACACCAAAGAAUUACAAGUUGGAAGGCAUACGUUUCCAUUUCAGUUUCAGCUACCACACGGUCUCCCUUCUUCCUUUGAGGCACACAUAGGCCAUGUGAGGUAUACUGUUAAAAGUACAAUUGACAAACCAUGGAAAUUCGAUCACAAGACCAAGAGGGUCUUCACUGUCAUCAGUGUCUUAGAUCUUAACAUUCAACCUAAUACUAUGGUAAAACAUUUUUAAACAGUUACGUUAACUCAGUCAAUAUUUUUGAGAAUUUAAAUAAAUUGUCUUAUGAUCAUUUUUUAAUAAAGUUAUUUGAACAUGAAAGGAAUCACAACCUACAAAUCAAAAUGACAAGAUCUCACUAUUAUUUCAUACUUACUAAAAUAAAUAAUUGCUGCAUUUCCUUUUAGUGAAGUAAUGAAAGUACAUUCAAUGUAUCUUUUAUUUUGGACAAUCUUAAAGGUAUUCAAAGCAAGUUUUGAUGUUUCAUUCCAUAUUUUUAUAGUCACGACUCCAAGGAACAAAACAGAAACAUUUGUGCUGCCUCUGUUGUAAAUCAGGGCCAAUCGAAGCAACUUUUCAUAUUGACAGAACGGGUUAUGUUCCAGGAGAAGCUAUUCAGCUUUAUGCUGAAAUCAGUAACGGGGCAAGUAGACGAAUGGACAAAUCAUAUGUUGAUCUGAAAAUGGUAAUUAUUUUCUGAUACUUUGAAGCAAUUUUUAAAAAAAAUUCAUUUUCAUGACUCUGAUGACCAGAUAUGAGUUAAGAUAUUCCAGUUAAGUUUUUUAGCUGAAAAUUGUAUGUUGGUACCCUGGAACUAGUGGAACUGUGAGCCAAAGUGUGCACAUUUUUAUAGCCAUUUUAAUGUUUCAUCUACUGUUUCUAUAGUCAUUUUUAUUGUAGUUACUAUUCUAGUGUCUCUGGUUUUUUUCCUUUUUCUUUUACUUUAGCAGUUUAAAUAGUUUAUAUAUUUUUAAUAAUUGUAAAGCACUUAGAGCUGUAAGGUAAGCGCUAUAAAAAAUCCCUAAAUAAAUAAAUGCCUAAAUAAAACUUUGAGGAAUUUCGAGAGUCCCUGGAGAUUGCUGCCAGUUGGACAAAAGGCUUAGGCCCUACUAGUUAAUUGUUCAGUUUAUUUUAAAUCACUUUAAGAUGUCUUAUGAAAUUUAUUGUCGUCCUCGCUUUAUCAAGGUGACAACAUUUCGUGCCACAACUAAGUCAAGAACCACAACAGCUGAAGUGGCGCGAGUAACUCGUCCAGGGAUUGCAGGUCACAGCGAAGACAGCUGGACAGGAGAACAGCUGGUAAUUCCACCCUUGCCACCAUCUUUCCUUGUGGGGUGCAAUAUAAUUGACAUACAUUAUAUCUUACAGGUGAGAUAAACUAAAUAGGCAUAUUAUCUUGCUUUCAUAUCGGCAUAAAAUUAAAGAUAGAGUCGAGCUCUUCAGAAAACUAUAACAGAGGAGCAGAGCUUUUCAGUACAAAAAAUAAAAACAGUCAUUACAAUGGAGACGGGUUUCACACUGCUAGCUAGACAUAAUUUACAAAGGUAAAGAGAUAUCCAUAAUGUAGUGAGUAUACUGUUGUACUGUAUGGUCUGUGAUUUAUAAAGGCCUAUUAGGCCUUUCUAAUAUAAUGUUAUAUAUGUGGUCUAAAUUAUAAUAGAAAGUACUGGUAUAGCUAAAACGUGUAAUAUUGUUUUGCUGAAUUUCACUGAGAUUAUCAGUUUUAAACAAAUAAUAUCAGGAUUAAGAUAUUUGGAUUAAUUAAGUUUCUAUUUUUUUAAAUUAUUAAUAUUAACAUUUUAAAAGGCCUCAAUUUCUUAUAUGCCAACAGGUCAUAUACUGAAAGGAAAUCUUAGUUUUAGAAUUGGGUUUUCCUUUGUUUAUUAUUAUACAAGUAAAUCUUAAAGAAGAAAAAAAUUAUAUCCCUAGCUGAAUGUGGACCCAUCUGGACCUGCCUUGGAUCUUGAGAUACCUUUAGAGAUUAUUAUUGGUACCAUACCUCUUAGAUCAGUUGUGGAUCAGUAUCCACCAAUGCCACCACUUGGUUUUAACAGUGGCAACAUGUAUGCUUGGGAGACCAGUCCUACAGCUCCUCCUGCUGAAAUGUACUAUCCCCUUCCACCACCAAGCAGCCUGCCUAAUUUGGGUGAGCAGGAACUUUUUUCCCUUUUGUCUAUCUGUCUUUGCAAGUUUUUGUAGUUUGAUAUUUUUUACACACUGCCAUCCUUCUUGAAUGCAAGCUGAUUCAAAGAACUCUCUACUGUAUUUUUUCAAGCAAAUAGUAAAAAGACUAUUAUCAAUUACUAAAUCUGAAUAUGCUCUACAUCCUUUUUGGAAAAAAAAAAUCUUAAAAUUUGUUGACUACCAAAUCACGGCAUAAAUGUGCUGAAACUACUGAAAGGGACAAGUAACUGUCAUAUUUUAAUGCUAAUCUAUGUUAAUGACAAAAUUCACAGGGAAAUAUCAUUUGUAAAUAUAUAUCCUGCUGUAUUUUAGUAGAAAUGUUUUGCAAAUGCAACCAUAACUUCUUGACAAAUUAGUUUUUAUUAAAUAUUCUUAUCAAAUAGAUAUCAUAAAUAAUUUUAAUUUCUUUACACCCCAUUUCUUCAUUUCAGCUCCGCCCUCUUACAAUGAGUGCAUUACAGGACGCUACAACAUGCUUGAAGAAGGCGAUGACAAACAUACCAGAGGUAACAUGGAGUAUGCACCUGUUUACACUUACUAUAACUGGGGCCACACACCUGGAGUCAUGCCAGCACAAUCCAAGAAUGCUAGCCAAUGAAAAGACUGGGGCCACACACCUGGAGUCAUGCCAGAACAAUCCAAGAAUGCUGGCCAAUGAAAAGAAUCAACAAGGACCCAGGAAUUUACAUUACAGUAAAUAUUAAUUGUAUUGCUGUGUUAAGUUAGACAACUAAAACUUACCAUGUUCGUUUAUGAAUCGACCUACUGGCCUAUUUAUAAGUUUCAAAGACCAUAACAAUGUUCUUAUGUGCUAAUUUUUAUUAAUUCUUUGUUUUCAUCAAAAUGGAAAAGAAGUUCAUUAUUUUUUUUAUAGAAAAGCUGACAUAUCUUUUACAAUGAAUUAUUUUGAAACAAAUGAUUAUACAACUGAGAGAAUUGAAUUCUUGACUUUUCUACAAUUCUUGAAAUUAAAAGUCUUUGUGCCUUGACAUCAGUUGUCAUAUAAAGAUGGCAAGAAGUUAACUCUAUAAUUUGCAUUUGUUCCUAUUCACUUCCAAACCAUUAGUCCCUAUUGCUGUUUACUUUAUGAUAAAGUUGUUUUUGUUAAGUUAUAUAAAUAUUAUGUUAUUAUCUUAAGUUAUGUAAACAUUAUGUUAUUACUGCAAGUUAUCUUAAUAUUAUGUUUAUCAGUGUAUUUAAAUUUAAAUUAAUGCUAAUUAGAUCACAAGGAUAUAGAGAGUGAUCAUGAAUCUUAAUGUAAAAUAUUUUAUGCCUUAUUGUAUCAACUUAGCUAUGUAUACCACAGCUCUCCCACCAGUCUCCAUAUGAGUUUUGUUAUGUUAAAUUAAAUAAUUCACACAUAGUUUUAACAAAAAACAAAAACUUAUAAAAAAUGUGGUCUCUUUCAUGUUGAUGACUGAAAUACAACUUUUUUGAAAGAGCAAUAAUAGUGCACUGUUACACAAUUAAUACAUUUUUUCCAAGUUAUUUUAUUUUUUUGCUUUUCAACCAGUUAAAUUUUCAUGGCAUGCUUUUAAUUUGUUGCGGCCAUGACACUGACGAAAUUUGAUCUAACUUAUAGAUUUGUCAAGUCCCAUUAAAUUACUCAAUUUAUUGAAUUUCUUAACUUAGAUGAUCUGUAAAUUAUUUUGGUGAUUUCUGUGCCAUUUAACAUUUACAGACAUUUAUUUUAUUGAUUUCAUUUUAGCAGUUUUAUUUUUCUUUAACUAAAAUUCCAGCCAAAACCUGUAUACCUAACAAAUAAAUAAAACUGUAACAUUGAAUUCAUUAAUUAAUCCUAAUGUUGCCUUCCCCUUAAGUGACUUAAUAAAAAUGCUCACCAAAUGUGAUAGCGAUAGUUAUGUGUAUGUAUCACAUUUUGACAAGUGAACACAUAUUUUUUGUGAUGACCACAAUGGACAAAUAUUAGAACCCGUAUAUAUUUUAAUAAUUUUUUAAAAUCUUUUUUAAUGGCAGUUCAGUUAAUAUUCAAUAUGCUCAAAGUCAAUUGGGUGCUAGUUUAUUGGAAUAGCUUCUCUGUACUUUUGUUAUCUAUAUACACAAUAUUUGUUUCAUGUAUUUAUCUAUACAUUUAUGUUUCAUUCUCAGCUCCAAGUUUAUAGACAUAACUGUUAAUGUAGAAAUGCUUUUAUUGCACUUUUAAACUAUAUUUAGUUACAAUGUACAAUUUACACUAUAUUUUUUAAAUCACCCAAGUAUUAGUUUGUACUCGUUUAUUGGGGCUUAAAUAAACAAAGUAAACUAAUAUUUAUGUAAACAUUUAUUUUAUUUUAUAUUUUACAUGUCAGUUUGUUACUUGGCCUAUUUUUAAAAAGUAAAAUUCUAUGUGUUGGUCAUACACUUUAGUUGGACAGCACAUUGGAAUCUAAAUAAUGUCUAUGUUGUAUAGGAAAUCAUCUUAGUACAGAUCUCAACAUAUUUUUCCUCAAUAGAUGUUCAUUUACACCACGAUAGAAAGACUGGAAAAGUUACACUGGAAAUUGGGUUAUCAAAAAUGUUUGUUAAAAAGAUUUGGAGAAAAAAAUUAUAUGUCAUGAUUGCAUCAUUUAUUUAAAGUUAUUUGAAAUGUAUUUUUACACUGUUUAGCUAGUGUUCAGGUUUAUUUAAGUUAUUUGAAAUUUAUUUUUACACCAUUUAGCAAGUGUUCAAGAAAAUCUUUUUGAUUAUUUGUAUAGUUAGUAAAGUAUUUUUUAAAGAUAUGUUACUGUUUACCCUACAUUUUAAUUUCAUUCAAUAAAGCAAUAUUUAU